CCUCCUCCUUUCUCAGGCUGCAGCAGACAUGGCGACAACACUGCAACCGCUUACACUGGAAAGAGAUGUGGCUCGAGCCAUUGAAUUGCUGGAGAAGCUUCAGGAAAGUGGAGCAGUACCGAUCCACAAACUGCAGUCCUUGCAGAGAGUAUUACAGAGUGAAUUCUGCACUGCUGUCAGAGAGGUGUUCGAGAGUAUAUAUGAGAAUUUAGACAUCAAUGGCAGCCCAGAAGGUAGAGCCAGUGCUACUACCCAGGCCACUGUGGCAGCUUUUGCUGCAAGUGAAGGCCAUUCCCAUCCUCGGGUUGUGGAAUUACCAAAAACCGAAGAAGGCCUUGGCUUUAAUGUCAUGGGUGGAAAGGAACAAAAUUCACCAAUCUACAUCUCUCGUAUUAUUCCUGGAGGUGUUGCUGAUAGACAUGGGAGCCUAAAACGUGGAGACCAAUUACUGUCUGUGAAUGGGGUGAGUGUGGAAGGGGAACACCAUGAAAAGGCAGUGGAAUUACUAAAGGCUGCUCAGAACAGUGUGAAACUGGUAGUUCGUUACACGCCCAAAGUGUUGGAGGAAAUGGAAGCAAGAUUUGAAAAACUGCGAACAGCCCGACGCAGACAGCAGCAGCAACUUCUGCUCCAACAGCAACAGCAGCAGCAGCACGUCCAACAGAAUCAUAUGUCAUAGAAUACGAACUGGGAAAAAUUCAACCGUUUGACAAUUUUCAGGUUAAACGAGGAAAAUCUUCCAGGCCGCCAAGUUAGUGAUGAAAACUGUUUCACUUACAGUUAUUUGUCAUAUCAGAAGACUGUUACAAAUUAUUGGCAUUGCUGUGGGAGAUAAAAAGUUAAGAUAGAUCAUUUGUGAUGAUUGUAGAUAAUUCAUUCAAACACCAGAUACUGCGUACAUCAUGCUGUAAAUGAUUGUGAAGUUUUAGCUAAGCUUAUUGUAGCUUAGAUCAAAUGGCACAAGGUUUUUUGAAAAGUAAUAGAACACAAAUAUUAAGAAUCAUAGUGUUACAAAUUAGGAUUUUUCUUUUAAAUGAGAUAUUCUAUGUCAGCACACCCUAAUAUACAGAGUUUGGAAAGACAGCUGUUCAAGAUAUUGAAGUCAUUCAUAUUGGCUUGCCAAUUGUCGCCUAGAAUAUAAUUGCAUUGUUAUACAAAUAAGCUUUUUUCAAAUGGUAUUUCUAAAGGAAGCAUUAAACAAGUAUCAGAUUCUUUUUCUAAUACACAAUGUAAGAUUUUAUUUUUCCAAUCACUUUCUUUUUUAUUAAAACCUUGUGCCUAAUCAUAAAAGCCAAUUUAUAGUUAGUUUUGUGAAAAAUGUUCAGAUAUAUAAUUUUAAUGCUGUUUUAAGGAAUAAUAAGUUAACAUAUUAAAUGAUUAGAUAAAGUGAGGCCAAGUUGUUUCUGGUUACUCAGCCUACUGUACUACCAACCCUUUCUCUCUUCAUUAAAAGACAUGAAAAGCAUGCGAUAGAAAGUUCAUCAAUGAGAUUCCUUCUAUUUGCCACUAUUAUCGCCACCACCAACUUAAUAUGAAUCCUGAUCCUAUUUGCUUCUGCCCCAUCUCGCCUCAACUGAAUUCCAGUGGCUGCCAGUGGUUUCCAUGUUGUGAAGUUUGAACUGCAGCAAACAAAAUCUGAAGAAUAAACACAUGACCAAUUGUGAAACUUUUAUCAUUGAUGGAUUGGUAAUGGAAGGUGUUACACAUCCUGGUGGUACCUUGAAAGGAAUUCAUCCAGAAAAUCACCUAUCUGCUCAGAACUAUUCAUCAGUGGUUCCUAAAGCAAGAGAAAAUUAUUUACAAAGAAUAUUUGAAAGAAGCAAUGUACCACAUAUAGAAAUAAUAAAUUGCUCCAAAUUUAGAUUAUCCUUAUAUAUUCUGCAAAUUUCACAAUAAUGAAUUUGCUGUUCUUCUGUUAAAUGGUAGCUACAAAGAUUCAGCAGGCCUAGCAUUCCUUAGCUUCAUUCCCUUUUGUUUUAUUUUUCUGUCUGUGAGUUACUAAUUGAGAACUAGCUAGAUGUUUUUGGCAAGAAAUUGCAUUCCUGUUUGACUUAAUUUCAAUGAAGUGCUCACAAUAAUGGGCAAAUUACAUCUUCAUUGGGGAGAAGGGGUUUCACUACUUGGUUGUUUUGUUGAUUAGUUGAUGCCUCGUUCUGCGGUUCCUUCCAAAUUACAGAAAAUCUUCAACUGCCAUAUGAAAAUCUCUCUGAGCAAACUUAAUGCUACUGAAUCUGAAACAAAAUUAAACCGACAAUGAUAAGUAGCUAUAGGAAUAAAGCUUCCAAGGACUCCUGCUAUUUCACAAUAAACUCGCAUUCACUUCAUACAAAAUAUUUUCGUCAUUGCAUUAACUCUAGUUAUCAUUUAUUAACGCAUCCAGAUCUGUGCACAACUUUUCAAAGAGGAAGUCAACCCCUCCCCUCGCUGCCUUUGCUCCCACCCCCAUUCAAACCCAGGCAUGAGGGCCACUGCAACCCUCUCAUAGCUGCAUCACCCCCAGUGCUGAUUUAACUCAAACGUUAGCUCUGUGGCAUUGUAACUACAGGGAAAAGAAAACAUUAAUAGCAAAUUUGUUCUAACAGUGUGUCUGUUGGUUGUGUUUUUGCACAGUGCAAUGAAGGAGAAAAGCAUCACACAUUUGCAAAUACCUUAGAAAUAUAUCUGUACACAAUCUAGAAAAAAAAUCUAUUAAUUAUCUACAUUGCUGUUUAUUUUGUCUGAUUUUGUAUUUCAUUUUGAACACCAUAAAUAGAACUAUACACAGAAAUUGUUCCAUUUGAUGUUAGAAAAAUGAAUAAUUUUUGCUCCAAUCAUUUUCAUUUGCUUUUCCCUUUCAAAAGCAGGUUUAAUCAGAAAUGAUAUUUUUCUGGCCUGAAGGAAUUAUUAGUUUUUCAAUGUGUAUAUGGAAGGUUAUAGUUUUAUUGCUAUUACAUGUGAUUUGUGAAGUAAUGCAAACUUGCUGUUCAGUAUCUCAAUUUGAGGUCCAAUUUUAUAGUGUUUUUAGUAUUUAGAUUUCAGAUUAUGAUGAAAUUUUGGACUGUUUACACAAAUAAUGUUUUUAUUUCCUAAAAACAAUGUUAGAAUCUCUGGUAACCCUGGAAGUCUUGCUUGUGUCUGUAUUCCUCCUUCUUUUCCAUUUUGGCAAGCAUCCAAUAUUUUUCAGUUAUCCUAUAUGGUCAGGAAUUUCAGUGCACCAAGUAUUACUGUAAUUUAUAUGCAUCUCAGCACUUUUAAAUAUCAAAAGAAUUAAUUUCAGAUUAUGCUUACAACUCUACCAGUAUUGCUGAUCUAGCAAAUAAGCAAUAUUAAUGGGGCUUAUAGCAGAGCAAGGUUUAAAUCACCUCCAGGUCAAUUUCUGUAGCAAGUCUCAACUAAAUUCUGCAGCAUGUGAAUGUAAUUUUUGUAGUUUAUGAAGCAUGUCUCUCUCUCGUGUUUAGGGAUAUCUCAAUUUUAAUAUCUUAUGAACACUGUAUGAAACAGUCCUAAGCUGGUGAUAUUUAUUUAGCAAAAUUGUGCACUUUAAAAUGAUUAAAAGUA